UUUCUGCGAGGUGAGACAUGUGCAAUGUGCUUAAGAGUCCGUUUUGCUUUGGAGUCAAACUUUUUAUCUACACCGGAAACUAAAUUUUGUUAGGCCUAGAUUGUUUUGUUCGGGUGGAGUAAAUUAUUUUAUUUUCUGUUUCAUUUCAGCGGCACGGCAUUGCAUGCAGCAGAAUGAUGGAUUUUACGAACUUCUGUCGUGACGUGAUAUAAUUGCGGAAAGAUGUUUCACAACACUACUCGAGGCAAACAGGCAACAGUACGACCAUUCAUCAAACAUCAGUCAAGUGCUGUCCCAGUUCCUCCAUCUUCAGCCAGUGAAAUCUUUGGCUCCCAGUCAUUUCGAGAGGAUGAUGAUUAUGAUGACGAUGAAAUAGACAUAACUGCAUCUCAACUUAUAAGAGAAAGCAACUUCAAAGUUCCAACAGCUCCACGUGGGAUUUUGAAAAGAAGUAGCUAUCCUGCAAGGAGAGACCAUUUAGAGGAAAGCUUCUUUGGAUCUCAAAGUGGCUUGUUUGAUGAAAGCAGCAGUCAUUAUGAAGAUCCUAAUGAUUCGCCAGCUUUUGAUUUAAAUGACGAUGAAGAUCUAUUUGGCAGCCAGCAUGGUCUUGCAAGCCAGCAACCGUUUUCUCAAAGUGAAGAUUUGAUACCAAGCUCCCAGCCCGUUAGACAUGGGCAACGGUUCAUUCCAUCGUUUACACCCAAGAGAGUGAGAAUUGCUGAUGCAGUAACUAGUCAAGUAACAAAUAGCACCAGGCCAGGCAACCAUGACAUUUACGGUAGCCAAACUCCAGCACUGGUUCAAGAAAGCCCAUAUGGUGCACUGGAUAUCCCGGGAUUUACAACCCCAGGUGGAACCACACAUUCCGGCAACAAGCUGCGCUCUGUGACGGAGAUCCCUAAGCAAUACAGGAGUGUGUUUCCCUUUCCAUACUUCAAUAUUGUGCAGUCAAAAGUCCUAGAUGAUGUCCUGUAUACAGACAAGCACAUGGUUGUAUGUGCUCCCACUGGAUCAGGCAAGACGGCUGUGUUUGAAUUGGCCAUCGUACAUUUGCUGAUUGCUAUGGGAGCCAAUGCAGUCAAGGCUAAGAUUGUUUACAUGGCCCCAAUCAAAGCCCUGUGCAGCCAGAGAUGCCAGGACUGGAAAGACAAAUUUGAACCUUUAGGGCUGAAGUGCCAGGAACUGACCGGUGACACAGAAUUGGACGACUACUUCCAACUGCAAGAGGUCAACAUUGUCAUGACCACACCUGAAAAAUGGGAUAGCAUGACCAGAAAAUGGAGAGACAACAAAUGUUUGGUCCAGCUGCUGAAACUCUUCCUCAUUGAUGAGGUUCAUUCUCUGAAUGAGGAAAACAGGGGUGCAACCGUUGAAGCAGUCAUCAGUCGCAUGAAGACAGUGCAAGCGGCUGUUGUAAGAGAGACAACAACAAAUGAAAAGAAGCAAGGAGAGGAGAGAACACCAGAGCUACGAUUUCUCGCUGUCUCAGCUACCAUUCCAAAUAUUGAAGAUGUUGCUAAAUGGCUGGAGACUGGUGGAAAUCAUGCAGUUUAUCACAAACUAGAUGAAAGCCACAGACCAGUCAAGCUAAGAAAGGUGGUCCUGUCCUACCCCUGCUCAGAACGAAUGUCUGAAUUCCGGUUUGGUCUGUCCCUCAACUACAAACUCAGCGGUGUCAUCCACACAUACUCGGACCAGAAACCAACCCUUGUGUUUUGUGCCACCCGUAAAGGCGUACAGCAAUCAGCAAGCAUACUGGUCAAAGAGGCCCGUUUCAUCAUGAACGCCCAGCACCGCCAAAGACUGCAGAAGAUGGCCAAUAUGGUCAGGGAAAUCAAACUAAGAGAGUUAUUGCUGAAUGGUGUUGCCUUUCACCACGCUGGACUGGAUGCCCAAGACAGGAAAUUCAUCGAGGACUUGUUCAUCAGUGGAGACAUUCCAGUUCUCUUUGCAACCAGUACUCUAGCCAUGGGCGUCAACCUACCAGCCCAUCUGGUAGUGGUGAAAUCAACGCAGCACUACGUAUCGGGAAUGUACUGUGAGUACACCGAGACCCAGAUACUGCAGAUGAUUGGCAGGGCUGGACGGCCGCAGUUUGACACCACAGCUACUGCUGUCAUCAUGACCAAACACGACAGCAAGAGGAAGUAUGAGGCCCUCUUGAAUGGAGCUGAUGAUAUUGAAAGCAGUCUUCACAAUCACCUGAUAGAGCAUCUGAAUGCCGAGAUAGUCCUGCACACCAUCAAUGACAUCUCCAUAGCGCUGGAGUGGCUCAAGUCUACUUUCCUGUACAUCCGCAUCAUGAAGAACCCCUCCCACUACGGCAUCCCCACAGGUCUGAGCAAGGAACAGAUGGAGAAAAAACUACAGGAUAUGUGCAUUAGAGACCUGAAUCUGCUGUCUAACUUUGGACUGGUCAAGAUGGACCCAGAGACUAUGGAUCUGAAACCACUAGAAACUGGUCGUCUGAUGGCAAGGUACUGCAUUGCCUUUGACACCAUGAAGCAGUUUAGUGAAAUAUCAGGCACAGAGUCCACUGAGGAUCUGAUGACCAUGCUGUGUCAAUGCAAGGAGUUCUCGGACAUUCAGCUGAGAGUCAACGAGAGGAAGAUCCUGAACACGCUCAACAAGGACAAGAACCGAGUCACCAUCAGGUUUCCUAUGAAGGGCAAAAUCAAGACCACGGACAUGAAAGUCAACUGCUUGGUUCAAUCAACCUUGGGAUGCCUACCCAUCCAGGACUUUGGUCUGGCUCAGGACUGUACUCGGAUCUUUAGAGCAGGACAGAGACUCACAAGAUGUUUGCUGGAGUACCUGAUGCAGCGAAACAACUUCCAGGUUCUCCUGCACGCGACCGUCAUUGCCAAGUGCUUCCAGGCACGACUGUGGGAGAACUCCAAGAAUGUGGUGCGGCAGAUCGACAAGAUAGGCCCGGCACUGGGCACGGCCUUGGUCAACGCCGGCAUCGUCAAUUUCCAGAAACUGGAGAGCACGAACCCAAGGGAACUUGAACUGAUCUUGAACAGGCAUCCUCCCUUCGGUAACCAGAUCCUAGAUGCUGUUACUCACCUUCCAAAGUAUGAUGUCUCUAUUGAACAGGCCCCAAGGUACAACGCCCAUUCAGCCGAGAUCACUGUGACUAUCACUCUGAUAAACCAAGAGAAGCUGUCAGAGAAACAGACGGCCAAGCGUAAUCACUGCUGCCUGCUGCUGAUCGGGGACGCUGAUAACGGCAUCGUCUACAAACAGAGAAUCACAGAUAUGCAGCUCCUGAGAGGAGGGCCCUGGUGCAAGCGGAUUGAGGUCAGGAGAGCAAAUAAAGCAGAGGAACUCAGCGUGAAUCUCGUCAGUCAAGACUAUGUUGGUCUGGACGUGCAGAACACCUAUACUCCAUUCUACUCGGGACCCAAACACCUACGAACAGCUGCCCAAGAGAGUUCCAGCAGCCAGCCCAAAAAGCAACCAGCAAAGAACACCAAGCUUAUUCUGAAAAGACGACAGUCUACACCGAUGAACUCAUCACACACUGAUCAGUGGCUAGGAAGUGACAAUGAUCCAAAGACAGACGAGGAAGACCUGUUUGAGUUUGGCAACCGCAAGCCCUGCAGCCACCGGUGCUCCGACAAAGACACCUGCGCUCACGAGUGCUGCAAGUUUGGCGUCCUGAUUCGACAUCGGCCACAACUGCUGGAAACGCCGAGACGUGAUAGGUCAGCAGGUCAAAGGCAAUCAGGUCAAAGUUCAGCGGCAGCCUCGACGACGCCCUCUACAGCAGGCCAGAUGCCGAGGCUGUCUCGGCUGGAACGGUACUUCAGUGAGCUGCAUGCUAAGGCGGAUGAGCUGGAAACACCGACUGUGAAACGAAUCAAAGUUGCACAAGGCAGCAACAACACAUGCAACGUGGACCUGGACAAAUUUGCCUUCACACCCAAAUCCAAACCUUCGGUCCCCGCCACCCUGUCUUCAUCCGCAGCUACCCCAAGCCUGACCCCCAAGCUUAAUCCCCACAUACCCGCCACCCCAACAGCAGCCAAAGGUUGGGAGAUGCUGGACAUGUACCAGCAGGCCCAAUGUCAAGAGAUGAGUGAGGAACAGCAGAUGGAGGAAUUUGAAGACCAAAGUCUCAACCAAGCUACAUCAGUCUGGACUGACGAUCCAUGGAUCAACAACUUGGACAAUUUUGACAUGUCCUGGUCAGACUCGGACAAAGAGGAGAUGGUGUUGGAUAGAUACGUGCAGGGAGGUGAUGAAGAUUUUCAGAAUGACUUGGGGCUGCUGUCAGACCACAGUCCGCCUUUACCAGAUCUUUACAGAGCAGAACCAGCAAUCCAGAAUCUACAGCAACAGUAUAACCAUCCAGAACAGCAACAACAUUCAAGUUUCUACAAUCCUGCAAUCAACAAGAACCAACAACAACAUCAAAAGUUGGGACAACAGCCACGAGCCGAUAUCUCCCAACCAGCUACAGGCCAGAAUCAACAACAUCUUGAUCCAGGGCAGCAGCAACGACUUUCAAGUUUAUACAGACCUGCGACAAGCCAGAACCAACAGCUGCUUGAAGAUACGGCACAGCAUCACAAUCCAAAACAAAAUCUGAAUCUUGAAAAGCAACAGCUUCCAAGUUUCUACCAGCCACCGACGAGCCAGUACCAACAUCAGCAACCUGAUGUAGAACAGCAGCGAAUGAAGAGUAUCUACAAACAAGCAGCAAACAAGCAAAAUGAUCAAGAACAGCAACAACUCACCAGUUUGUACAGACCUGCAACAAGCCAUUACCAACAGCGUCAACACCCAGGAAAGCAGCUACAACCUCCAAGUAUCUACAAAUCAGUUUCAACAAACCACUACCAGGCUCAGCAGUCACGACCUCAGCCAUCCAGCACACCAGUUCCAAGACGCAGAGGACAGGUCUUUGCUUGGAAGUCCCCUACAAGCCGACCACAAACUGGGUAUGCACCAGUCAUAAUGCGAUUUUCAUCCAAUGCAAAGUACAAUGCCGGUAACUUUGUGUCAGCCAAGACAGCUCUGGCCUCCAUGGAACCCUCCACCUCAGCACAGCUGCCAUCAACUACUAAACCAAGAAGCAAUGUUGUCUCAGCGACACAAGACAAAGAGAUGAAAAAUGCCUACAAGACAAAAGACACACCAAGUAUUGAGCCACAAUCGCCAUCAGAAUCAAGAGAAGAAAAUGUGACAGUCUCCAGCUCUGAUUCACCCAUCAUUGUCCUAUCCGAUGAAGAAACAACCUUAGACAUCAGCAACAACAGUCAUCCCUACAUCAUGAACUCCAGCUCCGACGAGGAGUUUCUGCUAAGCUGCCUGGAGGUGGAAUCACAAGAGGCAAACAAGGUGCAGAAUGAGCCUCGGUCAGUAAAGUCACCUUCGGCUGAAAAGUCCAAGGAAUCCCCACUUCAGAUCCCAAGAUCAUCUCCUAGUGAAUGUCUUUUCUCUCAGAUAAGCUCACUAUGUGGAUCCAUGUCAGUUAAUAAAUCUGCAAAACAGAAGUCCUUUGCUUCUAGUCACUCCAACAAGUCAUCUCUUCCAGAACCAAGACCAUCUCUCAAUAUGAGCAUACAGAUCUUGCCAGAAAGCUGCAACAAGGCGCCAGAGUGGUCUACAGGGCAGUUGGUGUGUCACAUGUCACCCCUUCCCCCUGAUGAUCAACAAGCUACUAAGCCCAUCCAGAGCCCAUCACUUGGGGUAGGUCUCCAAAUACCGUCCAGCAGCAAUGUGAACAAAUCCAUGGGCAAGCCACAGUCUACCGACACCUCCGCUAAGGAAUCUUCACAACUUACCCAGAGUCUUCACUUGUCAGUUAAAAGCAGUACUCCCAAAUCAUUGAGCCAUAAAUCAUCUACCUUCACCUCCAACCAAGAGUCUUCUCAGCUUUUCCAGAGCCCGCCUAAUGGUGCAAAGCACAGCUCUCAAGCAAGCAACACAUCAACCAAAUCUCCAAACCAAGAGUCAUCAAACAACAAGGUAUCUGCUUGUCAUCAAGAGAUGAUACAUCUCACUCCACAGCCUUCUGUUGGCGUUAGUCUUAGCUCCCCACCGAGCUCGUCAAGUGGUAGUAGAAGCUCGCUAUGGGGAAGGAAGCUCUGCAGUCCACUCCUGAGGAGACAGAAGACAAGGGAUUUCUUCACUGCCAAUCCUGACAAAUCCCCGAAGGGUGCAGAUGACGCCAAAUCUAUAUACGACAAGCUUUUUGAAGGAAUAUUCUAACAAGAUGCAAAUUAAGGUAAGGAAAAAUGAUAGGCUUCGAGGAGACUCCAAAGUGCAUUCUACAUAUUUACAACUUUGCUUUAUUUACAUCAUGACUGGUACACAAGGGACAAAUAAAAUAAUUACAUGUGAUAUUUUUGAAUCGCAAAUUAAACUCGAUGGCAUGUCUUCAUUGUUGAAGUAAAUUUGUAGCAAGGAAUGUGCUGACAAAAAAUAACCUUGGAGCUAACUAGUAAAAUAUAAUAGCUUCUGUUUAUGUUCCAGUAAUUAUUUUAAAAUUAAAAUACAAACGAAGAUAUUUAAGAUAUGGAAAAUUCUCAAAUAUUUUGAAAUCUGAAAUAUACAUUGAAGAGUAAUAUAUUGAAGUAACUUAUGCAAAAUGGAACCAAAAGUAUUUAUUAGCGUUCAGGUUGUGUUGAGGUUGUAUGAAUGUAUAUAUAAUGGAGUUAUUCUUUUACUAUUUCAUUGUUCCAAGGUUCGUCUUUUUUCUUGUUUCUAUUUAGUAAUAUACACAUAUAUUAUAUGAAUCAUAUUUAACAGCGCUUGAGUAGAUAAUAUGAAAAACUACAGAAUUUCCACACUUACAUUUUAAAACAAAUAAAUAAUGGGGUUUAUAUUGGCCACAAUGUGACCCAUGUUUAGGAAAAUGUGUUGAGGUUUUAGACUGAUUGCCAUUUGUAGAACUUUCUAAUUUUCUGUUGGAGCAAAUCACUUAAACACACAAUAUUUGUACCAAGUGCAGAUUUUAAAAUACUUGAAAGGCAUAAGAAAAAGGGGUUUGUUUUUUUGCUUCAGAUGGUGAAGAUCAAAAUAAAAUCAUUUUCAUCAACGUUCUGAAGCCUCACAUUUUAAAUAAACAUCUCUAAAGAGCACUUUCCUAUUUACACUUUGUACAAAAUGUCAAAUAAUUUCUCUCGGUUUAAACAUGACAAAUGGACUAGGUCCUAAAAUAAUUAUUUUUGAGGUAAGUAUUUGCGUUCUUGCACAUCCACUUUUAAGAAAAAUCCACAUGAAUCCUCAAAAAAAUUACCAUCAUAUGUUUCAAAUUCUAGAAAUUUCUACAUGGAAUUUCAAAUUAAAAGGUUUACGAGGUUUGCUGAUUGUGUGCACCAUUCAAAACACUUCCACUAACUUAGGGUAUCAAAGCCUUCCAUUGAGAAUAUUUUGGUAUGAACAGGCGAUUUUAUUUUAGAGGGUAGACUCCCUAGAUCCUCAAAUUAUGUCAGGAGUGAGAUGAGGGCAUCAAAGAAUUUGCUGCGGUCUUCGUUCUUCAUCUCAAUCACUGCACAUGCCCAAAAUACAAAAAAAAACCAAAGAUCAAAAAUAAAUUUCAACCUACACGGAUAAAACAUAACAAACCAUGUUUGUUAGGUCAUUGUGGAUUUCUUUAUAGGUCUUAUCCCUUAGAAUUUCAAUAGUACAAAAAUUCCUUGAAGAAUGGACAUAAUUCUUGUUUUGCAAUAUGGAAUUUGAAAUUUGUAUCAUAUCUUUUUACUGAUUCUUCGCCAACCAAAUGCAACUUGUUAAUAUCAUAUUAUUUGUUUUGAAACCAAAGAAAUAAGUGUUGCUUAUUGAUUGCAAAAUUAAUUAAUGUUUAAAUAUCUGUACCCGGUAAAACUUUUAUUUCAUUUAAAAUGGUUAAUUUCAAGUUUAGUUAUGAAACAGUAUUUAUCAACCUGUUUAUGUGUGGUUCAGUGUGCAAUUGAUGGAUGUUGGAUUAAAUAUAAUACAUUGAAAAAAACGUCAAAUUGAAUUGACUUACCGGA